GAAUCCGCGCUGGGUGGAAGCGCCCUGAGCGGGUCUGGUGGCGACACGAAACGCAGGGCACCGGCUGAUCCAGCCAAGGCCGUGCUGCCGUCCAGCAGAGCCUCCAUCGGCUGGAGAGCUGGGCAGACAAACCUAAUGAUUUAUUAGAAUAACCUAACGAAGCUCAACAAGAGCAAGUGUAGGAUGCUGAACACGUGGAGGAAUAGCCCCAAGUACCACUGGGAUCAUCCAGGUCUGGCUCCUCACGACAGGACAGACAAGGAGCUGCUGGAGAUGGUCCAGUGCAGGCCACAAGGAUGUUGAGGGAUCUGAAGCAUCUCUCUGAGGGGAGACUGUGGGAGCUGGGCCUGGUGCACAGCCAUGGUGUCCAAAAAGCAGCUGGCAGACUUUGGCUACAAGGCCUUCUCGGGCUCCAUGAUGCUGCUGACGCUGUACGCCGGCUACCUGUGCAGUGUGCGUGUGCAGAGGAUGCUGCAGCACCGCCGCCAGCGGGAGAGCGCGCCGGGGCCCGAGAGCUGAGCCCCAGCUGGGACCGGCACCGGAGCUGGGACCGGCACCGGAGCUGGGACUGGCCCUGGGACCGGCACCGGAGCUGGGACCGGCACCGGAGCUGGGACUGGCCCAGGACCAGCCCCUGGAGCUGGGACUGGCCCUGGGACCGGCACCGGAGCUGGGACUGGCACCAGGAGCUGGGACCGGCACCGGAGCUGGGACUGGCCCUGGGACUGGCACCGGAGCUGGGACCAGUCCCGGGAGCUGGGACUGGCCCCGGGAGCUGGGACUGGCCCCUGGAGCUGGGACUGGCCCCGGGAGCUGGGACUGGCCCUGGGACCAGUCCCAGGAGCUGGGACUAGUCCCGGGAGCUGGGACUGGCCCCGGGACCAGCCCUGGGAGCAGCCCCACCUUCCCGCUCCCCCCUGGGCUGGGGGAGGCAGAUGGAGCGCAAUAAAGCCCGUGUCAGAGUGGC